CGGAAGCGGCCUCAACAAGGGAAACUUUAUUGUUCCCGUUGGGGCGGCAAGGAUGUCGGUGAAUUACGCGGCGGGGCUGUCGCCUUACGCGGACAAGGGCAAGUGCGGCCUUCCCGAGAUCUUCGACCCCCCUGAGGAGCUGGAGCGGAAGGUGUGGGAGCUGGCGAAGCUGGUCUGGCAGUCCUCCAAUGUGGUGUUCCACACGGGCGCGGGCAUCAGCACCGCCUCUGGUAUCCCCGACUUCAGGGGUCCCCACGGCGUCUGGACGAUGGAGGAGCGGGGCCUGGCCCCCACGUUCGACACCACCUUCGAGAGCGCGCGGCCCACGCAGACCCACAUGGCGCUGGUGCGGCUGGAGCGGGUGGGCCUCCUCCGCUUCCUGGUCAGCCAGAACGUGGACGGGCUGCACGUGCGCUCCGGCUUCCCCAGGGACAAGCUGGCGGAGCUGCACGGGAACAUGUUUGUAGAAGAAUGUGUGAAGUGUAAGACGCAGUACGUCCGGGACACCGUGGUGGGCAGCAUGGGCCUCAAGGCCACGGGCCGGCUCUGCACCAUGGCCAAGGCCAGGGGGCUGCGGGCCUGCAGGGGGGAGCUGAGAGACACCAUCCUAGACUGGGAGGAUGCUCUGCCCGACCGGGACCUCACUCUCGCCGACGAGGCCAGCAGGAGCGCGGACCUGUCCAUCACGCUGGGCACCUCCCUGCAAAUCCGGCCCAGCGGGAACCUGCCGCUCGCCACCAAGCGCCGCGGGGGCCGGCUGGUUAUCGUCAACCUUCAGCCCACCAAGCACGACCGCCACGCCGACCUGCGCAUCCACGGCUACGUAGACGAGGUCAUGACGCGGCUCAUGAAGCACUUGGGCCUGGAGAUCCCCGCCUGGGACGGGCCCCGCGUGCUGGACAGGGCGCUGCCGCCGCUGCCCCGGCCGCCCGCCCCCCAGCUCGAGCCCAAAGAGGAGCCCCCCGCCCAGCACAACGGCCCUGCGCCCGCCAGCCCCAAGCGGGAGCGCACAGCCGAGCCCCCCGCCCAGCUCCACAGCUCCGGGCCCGCCAGCCCCAAAAGGGAGGGGCUGAACAGUCCCGCCCCCUGCAGGCCCCCCAAAAGGAUGAAGGCCGAGGCGGUUCCCAGCUGACCAGGGGGCCCGGGGAGGGUGGGGUUUUUGUAGAAACCGUGGAUUCUUUUUUUCUUACCCGUCUCACUUUGUUACCUGUCUCUGCCCUUCGUGAGGAGACCUCAGGGCGCUGAGAGCGGGGCUCCAGGCCCCGGGGCAGAUUUGAACCUCCCUUUAGCUCCAGGGGCCUCUGGGAGGGGCCU